AUGGCAGGGCUCAUGGAAGCAAGGGGAGAUGAAUUUCCUGUGCCUAGCCGUCAAGCAUCAGGCGCUGUCAACGGUGUCAAAACCGAUGUCACCUCUUUAAGCUUCAGCGAUAAACUCCUGGUGACGAUAAGCCAGGAGGGACGGUUGGCACAAUGGGUUCAAGUCCCACUAGUAGGCUCAUCUGCUGGUGCGGUAGAAAUGACAUUACCCAGCGCAGGUCAUGGGCUCCUACCGUCAACCCAUCUUACGCCAACGACGCUGUUGGGCGGGGGCGGCGAGGAUCGCGAGACCCUUGGCCAGCUUUAUGCCGCUCAAAUUGCCAGCCACUUAUCGCUAAAAUAUCCCGAUGAUAGGAGAACGCUUGUGCUUGGAUUAGGGCUGGCGAAAUAUGAUGUCGAGCGUGAAGCAUUCUUCGACCUGGUUGAGCUGGCUCAAAAGAUUCUGUAG